UUACAUGUGUUGCUUUACGACACACGCAAUCGCUUUACGGAAGAGUGUAGCAUGUUCACUGAUAUUGACAUUUUAAUCCGUAGUUUAAGGAAAUAAAUAACUGCAAAUUUGAGUGUAUAUCGUAUACGAGUUCUGGAUUAUUUGUAACUUGUUUCCAAAAUGGGAAAGCCGAAAAAGAAGAGUGACUUGAGCCGUGCGGAACUGAUGAUGAUGACAAUUGCAGAUGUCAUCAAGCAGUUGGUUGAGGCCCACGAACAGGGAAAAGAUAUUAACCUUAACAAAGUCAAGACAAAGACAUCAGCCAAAUAUGGUCUCUCUGCACAGCCACGGCUAGUGGACAUCAUUGCUGCAGUGCCACCUCACUACAGAAGAGCCUUGGUGCCCAAACUGAAAGCCAAACCCAUUCGGACUGCCAGUGGGAUUGCAGUUGUCGCUGUGAUGUGUAAGCCUCAUCGCUGCCCACACAUCAGUUUUACAGGCAACAUCUCUGAUAUUCUUUUCCCCAGAUACUCUGAACGCAGUAACAGCAAAUGUGUCGGCAUCACGAUUGAGACCAGACCUGACUAUUGUCUGAAGAGACACUUGAGUGACAUGCUGGCCUACGGUUGCACCAGACUAGAGAUUGGUGUACAGAGUGUUUAUGAGGAUGUUGCUCGUGAUACCAACAGAGGACAUACCGUUCGGGCUGUGUGUGAAUCUUUCCAUCUUGCUAAGGAUGCUGGUUUUAAAGUUGUAGCCCACAUGAUGCCAGACUUACCCAAUGUCGGUAUGGAAAGAGAUGUGGAGCAGUUUAUAGAGUUUUUUGAGAAUCCUGCAUUCAGACCAGACGGGCUCAAACUUUACCCUACACUGGUGAUUCGAGGCACUGGAUUGUAUGAGCUGUGGAAAACGGGCCGCUAUAAGAGCUACUCCCCCAGUGCCUUAGUGGAUCUAGUAGCACGAAUUCUAGCGCUGGUCCCACCAUGGACUCGUGUGUAUCGUGUACAGAGGGAUAUCCCAAUGCCAUUGGUGAGCUCUGGGGUGGAACAUGGCAAUCUGAGAGAGCUGGCAUUGGCCAGAAUGAAAGACAUGGGCACUGAGUGUAGAGAUGUACGAACCAGAGAAGUGGGCAUACAAGAGAUUCAUCACAAAGUUCGACCAUAUCAGGUAGAGCUGAUCCGCAGAGACUAUGUGGCUAAUGGAGGCUGGGAGACCUUCCUGUCUUAUGAGGACCCCGAGCAGGACAUUGUAAUUGGUCUCCUGCGUCUUCGUCGCUGCUCACCACAGUCCUUCCGGCCUGAGUUGAAGGGUGGCGUUUCCAUUGUUCGGGAGCUGCAUGUCUACGGAAGCGUGGUCCCUGUCAGCAGCCGAGACCCCAGCAAGUUUCAGCAUCAGGGUUUUGGGAUGAUGUUGAUGGAGGAGGCCAAGAGGAUAGCCAGGGAUGAGCACGGCUCGAGCAAAUUGGCUGUUAUCUCAGGUGUUGGAACAAGGAAUUACUACAGAAAAAUGGGUUAUGAACUGGAGGGGCCGUAUAUGGUGAAAAACCUUUACUGAAGCAGAGAGGAAUCCCUGGAGAAUAUCGUCUGACAUGCAGGACACUGACUUUAAGGGGAUCUUUACACCCCACCUAUAAUUGGACUGGGCAUGAGGACUACAGAGAGCGUGUGUGUGGUCAGCACAAAGCAGACUGCACUAUUCUGUUACAUGCCAGCCAAAGAGUGUAUUCUGUAGUUCUCUUAUAAAGACCAAGAUGCAAGUAUCAGUGCUUGUUAGAAACAUACACCAUUCUCCCUUGGCCUUAGUAUACUUGCCAGUGCAUUUACUUCUCUGGGAUAACACUUAUUAUUUUUGGUUUCUACUGACAACAUUGGACAUAAUGGAGGAAAAAAACUGCAGCGGCUUUGAGUUAUCCCGUUAUAAAAGUGCAUAUUUUUCAUGUGGAUUUGUGAGGGGAAAAUAAUUUAUGCUUGCUGCUUGGCACAUUUGAUUAAUCCACCAUUUUUCCUGUUGUUAACAAGUAUGUUUUCUUGGCUGUGCAUGAAAAGAGUUCAUCUGGUCUUUUUUUUUUUAUUGUUAAUAAAAGAUAUUUAUCCAGGAUUUCAGUAAUUUUCACAUGAUUGUACAUUGUCAUAAAUCGCAUGUUGGCACAAAGGCAUACGGUUUGGAUGGAGUCGAAUAGACAUAAUACAGCCAUCACUGAACAUUCAAAGGAAUUAAUGGGUAAGAAAUCAUCCGCAGCACUCUCUCUUUCAGAUAUGAAAAACUGUCGCCAAAAUGAUUGAAAUUCAAUUGCUUCUAUUUUUGACAGAAUGAAAAGUUCACUGGAACUACUCCGCUGCGUUUUAGUGUCUGUCACCACACCACCAAUUUCUGAGAAAUGUGCGGCGUGGUGAGAGCUCUCCUCCGCAGGAGACCUCAUGAUAUGUCCGCUGAUGGGUUUUUACUGCUUCAUUUGACAUCGCAAUAACAGAUUAUAUCGCUAUCUCUGUCUGUGAGUCAAGGUGUCAGGCGAAUGAUGACCGACCACCCUUUAAAGCUAAGCUCAGUCAGAUCACACUUGUAAGAGGUUUGUCAUCAGAGAAAUGGCCUCCAAUAAAUGGCAAGAUGUUGUUUUGCCACCAC